ACACAUGUUUCGAGGAAAAAUGUUUCGUCCCGGGGAUCCAAGGAGGACCCAACGAAGGUGUGAAAAUGUCGGAUACCUAGAUAUCUCCCUUCCCAGUCGCUCCAGGUGUCACGCGCCGGUUCUCCGCGAUUGCCCUCGUCCCUCUUCUGUCGCGUCGUCAACUGCCUCUUUUCGCCUCUCGUCAUUCGUCUUUCCUCAGUCGACAGUCUUCUGCAUCCAUUCGGUGUGCAAUUCUCGUGCGCCCCUGUCUGGAAGCAGGCACAUACAGCCUGAGAUAGCCUCGACUGCACAUCCUGAAUGUGCGUCGUAAGGAGCUCGGCCUCUCCUCCAGGCGGGGUACCUCCGACUCUCGUCUUUGAUUCUGCCCCCUGUUUAUGAUACCACUGUUUCACAGUCGUUUCCUGCCCGCUUAUAUGGACACAAUUGGCGGUCGAGUUACUAGGGACGCCCCGUUGACAGCAAGACAAGCUGCCGGGCAACACUCCCGGAAAACCAGGCUCAGAGACCGGCGGAUAUGACUACAAGGGAACUGCAGUAGAAGAACAGAAAACGAAAAUACGAAAAUACCUGUAGCGUCUCCGCGGCGUCUUUGUGAAAACAAUGCUGCCGGUGGCGUCAGGCGGCCUCCCGCGGCACGCAAAAGCGCUGCGGAGUCACGCCCGACGAGGUUUCUCUGAGAGGAGCAUGUCCAGUUCUUGCUCAGGAGGCAAGUUUGUUCUGUCUGCUUCUCCUCUCUCAUCUGUCUCCGCCUCCAAUGCGUCGCAAUCCCGUUCUCCGGCCGGUGUGUCUCUGAACCACCCUUUUCUGUCUGCCUCUCUGCCGUGCCACUCCCGCUCUCUAUCUGCCGCUUCCUCUGCCUCUUAUCCUCUCUCCUCUGGUUCGUCUCUCUCUCCUGUCCUUUCCGCUCGUUCUUCCCUGUCUCGCUCCGAGGUCACUCUGUGCUCCGCUUCGCUCUCUGCGCGGUCGCCGUCUGCAGGCGCAGGUGGUCGCGAGUCGUCUUUCGCGAGUUCCCCGUCCUCCACUCGUCGUUCGGUGCUUCCUUCCCUCCUUGCUUUCUCUCCACACUCCCGUCUUUCAGGCCCUGCCUCUCUCUGUCGUCUUUCCGCCCUCGCGUGUCCUGUUUUCUCGCCUGCUGCUGUUCCCUCUGCUGCCUCGGCCUUAUCGGACGGCCUGGGUCCAGUCCGCGCUGCCCACAAAUUUGCAGCUCCACCUUGUCCCAAUCUUUUGCUUCUGCGAAAAACCAUCCAUCAGCGUCUCCAACCGAUUCUCUUCUUCCUCAAAAAUGACGUGACUAUGGGCAACUACGUCUACGAUCAGCAUUUCAAGGGUGUCCUGUGUUCUCCCUUGUUUGAAGGAAAGUCCUACAAGGAAAUCUACGCGAUGGUGGACCGCGUUCUUGAAGACAUUGGCCUCAGCGGGCGCGUCAAACUCUACUGCGAGCCGCCUUCCCUCUUGCACAAAAUGAAGUACCACGUUCGGAAGCACUGGCCGCUCGAGAAGUAGGAGAACGACUCCGAGCGGAAGCAUCUGCGUCUCAGAAAAACGUUCAUCUCUCGCCUUCCGUUUCUAUAUGUUGUCAAGAAGCAGGGGCCAACUUUUUUACCCUUGUACUUGAGGGG